UAUACUGUAAAGGGAACUGUCUGUGUGUGUGGGGGGAAGGGGGUGCGCGUGCGGAGAGGGCGCGAGACGCGGCUCGAGGAGUCGUCCGGCGCCGCGGCCCCUUCGCCCCGCGCCAUGGUCAAGAGGAAAGGGUCAAGCGAGGCUCCGGCCCCGGCCCCGAGGCAGGCUGGCGAGUCGAAGGGGGGCCCCGCCAAAGCCAAGCGGGCGAGAAGCUCCCGGGGAGACGGGGCGACCUCCGCCAAGCGACGGGCCUCAGCAGAUGUUGAUAGCGAUGACUUUGAACCUGAAAAGCCACUGUUGAGGAAGAAACGGUCCAAGGUCCAUAAAAGAGCAGUGCAGCAGGACUGUAGUCAAAUUCCUCAGGUCAAUAAUACACAAAGAAAGAAACAGCCAGCGCCGAAAGGAAAAGGAAGAAAAGUUACAAUCAAGGAAGAAGAUGAAAAUAACGAUAGUAAAUUCAGACUGGCUAUUCACACAAGAUCAUCAAAGAGAUUGAAAAAGAAAGAAGAAAAAGGCUUAGAUGAACCCAAAGUGAAACAGGAGGAAGAUGACACAACUGAAGACAGUGAAGUUGAAUGGGAGGAUGUGGAAGAACUUCAUAAUCGUAUUUCAGAAGACGCAUCAGCCUUGACCUUCCCAGAGCCAUCCCUUCCUACAAAAUCUGUGGAGAUUGAAAUCGAAAUUCCAGGGCAGGCUAAGAAAAGACGGAGAAGCGAGAAUAGAAAAGCUGAAUUUGAGAUGUAUCUUCGGAGGAUGAUAAAGCGCUUCAACACACAAGUGCGCACAGACACUCACAAGGUGCACCUUCUUUGCCUGUUAGCGAACGGUAUCUUUAGGAAUCAAAUCUGCAACAAGUCUGAGCUUCAUGCCCUCGGGAUGUCCCUUGUACCUGCUGACUUUGCCAAUGUUACUGCUCACUAUUUGGACAUUCCGUGUGUUUCAAACCUGCUGAAGUGGUUUCUAUCUUCCUUUAUGAUUGAUCCUUCUCCUAAAGACAAUGAGAGUAAUCUCUCUUCAGCACUGGAGAAGAGGAUGGCUAGUGGUUCUGCGAGGAAUAAAGAAGAAUUGGUUUAUCUCUUCUUAAUCAUUCUACGAUCUUUGAAAUUAGUUUGUCGUUUGGUUCUCUCUCUUCAACCCAUUCCUUACAAAGAAAGUUUGGAAAAGAGCAAGAAGCCUUCAAGGAGAAGGGAAUCCAAAAAGAGUAUAUCCACCAACAGAUCCAAGUCCAGAGCGGGGACAGGAACAACAAAAUCACAAGUCAGACAGGAGAAGACCCAACCAUGUGACAAUGAGGGAAAGUCGCAAGAGAUAUUGCGGAGGGAAAAGACACAAGGCUUUGAACAUGGAGACAAUGAAAUAUCUCGAAGACCAAAGAAUGCUCGCCGGCGUUCGGUGGCUUCAAAGGUAUUCUACAAGGAAGAUACAGAAGAAGAAACCAACAGUGACUCUGAUUUUGAAGCUGAAAGUUCUGAUGAUUGCAGCAACUACUCAGACGAAAGUAGCAGCGGGAAUUUCAGAGGCAAGAGGAACUCUUCGAAAGCGAAGAGCAGCAAGGAGAAAAAGCAAAUACUUUGGGAAACGAGUGCAGCAGGUGGAGUAACGAAAGGCAAGAAAGUGCUCGAGAACUCUGAGACUAUGCAAGAAAGAAGAAAUUCAGGAACUAAAACCUCGUCAAAAUUCAGCAAAUUGUUAACAGACUGUGACGGUGAAAGUGCAACAGUAGAGGAUAAAAUAUCUUCUUUGCCAAAGGGAUCAGACCAGUGGAUUGAGGUGUACGUAGAAAAAGAAAAGAAAUGGGUUUCAGUUGACUGUGUGCACAACUUUGUAAAUCGUCCUGAGCUCUUUGUGAAGUAUGUUACAAAACCCCUGUGGUACAUUGUCGCCUUUGACAAUGACUGCUGUGUGAAGGAUGUCACCCAGAGGUAUGACCCAGCUUGGAUGACUUACACAAGGAAACAACGGGUUGAUCCUGGCUGGUGGGAUGAAACUUUGGAACUGUACAAGAGUGACUGUAUAGAGCGAGAGAAAGAAGAAGACUUGGAGCUUAAAAGUAAGCUGCUCGAUCAACCCUUGCCCACGUCUGUUGCGGAGUACAAGAAUCAUCCCCUUUACGUUCUAAAAAGACAUCUGUUAAAGUACGAGAUCAUCCAUCCAUCCACAGCAGCGAUAUUGGGUUAUUGGAGAAGCGAGGCGGUAUAUUCAAGGGACUGCGUGCAUACACUCCAUUCCAAAAAUACUUGGCUGAAGGAAGCCCGUGCUGUGACAAAUGGAGAGGUGCCAUGCAAGAUGGUGAAAAGCCUCUCAAACUUUGCAAGGCGAGUACGAUUGGCUAGUGCUGAGAAUAAAGAUAAAGAUGACCUGGGACUGUUUGGAUAUUGGCAGACGGAGGAAUACCAGCCACCCAUCGCCAUUGACGGAAAGGUGCCCCGGAAUGAGUUUGGGAAUGUGAACCUCUUCAAGCCGUGCAUGCUUCCAAUUGGAUGUAGCCACUUGCGAGUGCCCAAUCUCAGCCGAGUCGCAAGGAAACUGAACAUCGACUGUGUACCGGCAGUGACGGGAUUUGAUACGCACAGUGGCUGUUCACACGCUGUAGUCGAUGGGUAUGUUGUGUGCGAAGAAUACAAAGAGGUUCUGUUGGAUGCUUGGCACUCAGAGCAAAUCGAAAUUGAGAAAAAAGCUCGAGAGAAACGUGAAAAGCGAGUCAUUACAAACUGGAAGUUGCUGGUGAAAGGACUGCUCAUAAGGGAAAGAUUGAAGCAGCGGUACAGUACGGAGAACAACACUUCCUCGAGUUUGAGUCAAGAGACCGGAAGAGGCUUUUCCUCCGAUGAAGAAGGUCCUGCUUCCCAAACACCCGUCACUGAUGCCAGCCAUUCGUGGCCUUUGAACCGACAGAAUGCUAAGGAACAACCAGAGAAGAUGAACAGAAAGACCAAACGGCAGAAAAAGGGGGAGGAAAAACACCUAUUCCCGUUUGAGAAGUGAUGACUUUCAGGGCAUUUUAUUGCCAAGUUUGGCCCUUCUUUUGCGAUUUAGUGAAGUUCAGUGAACUAGAAUUUGCAGAUUGCAGAACUGCUUGUGUUUCAAGUGUAAAGACUACAGUAUCUUUGUAGUUGUUCAACACAAAAUUGGUUAAAUUCCUGUGGCUGGUGUCUCUUGUUUGCUGGUGGUCCCUUCGUUCUGAUGGUGGAGCAAUGAACUGCCAACUCACAGACCUCAGCUUUCAAUUUGUUUCUCCAUUAUUCAAUCUGCAAAUCAUUGAGUAGAUUAGCCAUGGGUUCAGCUUCUCUUCCUGGGUGAGUUUUAUCACUUGUCCAUAGUGCAAGGAAAGAGCUACGUUGACAGUGGAGGAAGAAAUUAAACCUAUCAGGACUCGUUAGACCUAUCUAUGCAGAAAUUCUUUCACUGUCACUCAGGGAAUAUCAAUGAGAGCGGAUUAGCCAAGAGUUCAGCUUCGUUCACAGCUGAAGAAUGAUGCUUGAUCCUGAAAGCCCUAGAAAUAGAGGGAGGAGGAAAAUAUAUAGGAGAGAUAGAACAUCCUAAAUACAUUUUAAAAUGACCCGAUUGAAAUGAUUGAAAAUUCCAAUGUGUGUUUUUCCGAAUUUUCAGGAAUACCAUAAUGUUCAACCCAUCAAACCACUGUGUUUACCAUUUCCCACCAGCAUUACAGAUAAGCAUCAGAUAAACAUUAUUUUCUAGUGGAAUUUAAAUGAAAUAAGUGAUAAUAGCAGAAGCUGUUAUGAAUAACAGGCAGAAAUAAAUUUUUAAGAUUGUACAACUGAAUUCAGUUAAAAGAAUUGGUGAUAUUCCUGUUUGUUGUAAUAUUUUUGUUGACUAUGAUGAAAAUCAAAGCAUAUUUUGCAUUGGAUAAGACCACAAUAACUAGAAUAUAUCACUGAUCAAUAGAAAACAAUUAGUCUAGAUCUGCUUAAACUCUUCCUGUGCACUCUGGGACCCUCUCCUGUUAUAGGGUACACAUAUAUAAAUACAUAUACAAGUUGUUGUUGAUCACAAUUUUUCAAUAGCUUUCCUUCCAAUACAGCUGCUUGAAAGCAUCUCGGGGUUUGCUUAAAUCUACACACUGGAUAUAGGUAUGUACCUGUAAGUCUUUUACUGAACUAGUGCUUUGUAAAACUUUGCCAAAUCAUGGGUUCUUUGCUUGUCCAUGUGAAAUUAGUAAUAAACAUUGGAGGAAGCAGCAGCAAAAUCCUGAAUAAACAACGAUGUAAUCCAGUGUGUAGAGUUAGUUUGUUGUUGAGGACCUUAACACUCGCCAUGGUGUCUUGUGUAUAAAACAUACAAGCUGGGAGGAGCAGUCUUUUAACAUUGUAAUUGUUAUUGUCAUUGUAUCGAUAAGUAUGUAAAUGUCUUGUCAAGAGAAGUCUACAGAAACCGGUGGUUGGUUAAGUUACGUGAAAGAAUGAACAAUAACACAAAAGCGGUGUAAUAGGGUGGACACAAUGCAGGUAUAUUGCAUAUUGUAUUAGGAUUUUUCCAUUCACAGGCAAUGGCUUGUACUGACCUAAAGCAGUGAAACAUCCAAUUUCUGCCCCUUGAUCACAGUGGACUCCAUGCUGUGUUGAGGUAUUUGUUUGCAGUAAGAUUUAAAAUUCUGUUAUGCUGCAUUUUGAUUUUUGUACUUUUAUUAAUAAAUACUUUAUUAUAAAUA